AUGGACGCAGACGACGCGCGCGCGAUCGCGGACGCGUUGAAACGGGCGACGAUGUCCGCGACGUCGACGACGGCGUCGAAAGCGACUAUGCGCGCGCGUGCGAUGGAGAAGAUGGAGUUUGAUUUCCCAGAGCUCACGCUCGAGGAGCUCGAGUGCGUCGCCGACGCGUGCAAAACGCGCGCGAGGGAUGAUCAGCGUGAUGUGCGGCUGACAACGACGUUUGCGAGGAACUGCGCGGAAUUGGUGACUGCGGUCGGGACGAAUGAUGGAGAAGAGAGCGAUGAGGCACGACGACGGGCGACUGCGGCGCGGAGCGUUUUCGGAGCGACGUACGUUGGAUUGGCGCUCAGGGUUGCCCGGACGAGCGAGGAUGAGGGAUGGGAAAUUUUAAGUCGUUUUAGCGCGGACGAAGAAGCUGAGUUGGAAUCGCAGGAGGAAAUGGUAUCGUCCAACGGAACGAACGGAGCAAAGAAUGGGACGCCGACUGUCGUGGACUAUGCGAGCGACGGCAACGAAGAUUGGGAGCCACUGGAGACUGAGAGGACAUGGUAUGCGUCACAAAAUAUCGCACAGACUGAUGAAUCUAUCACGACGAAACUUCGAGCGUUGAUGCAAGAAUUACACCCGUCACGCGUCGGCGCCACGAUAUCGAGCAACAAGGGGCCGAGCUCUGAGUGGGAGCGUUCGAAGAUCGGUAACGCGUUAAUCGAUCUCUUCGAAACCUUUUGCGCGUCCACCGAUGAAGAACGACGCGCGCUUCGGUUGUGUCCUUUGCGCGUUUUGAGGGAGCGGUGGGCUGUCGUAUCUAGUGGUGAGAUCGGCAUCGACGCCGGUUUGACGCGCGUUUUUGCCGCGUUGAAGUUUGGAGAAGAAGUCUCGAACGGGAACGAAGAUUUGCUCAUCGCUUUGGAGCUGCUCGGGUACUUGUGCUUACGAAUUGGUGCGGAUACCAUGGGUGUCUCAGCGUUCAGUUUUGACGUGGACGAAUCCUCGGCAACUGCACGCGCUAAGUUAUGGUCACAAGUCAAUCGCGCCAUUCCAGUCGUCGCAAAAAUUUUAGAGCAAGCCGCGCGUUCGAUGAAGACGAAUCGAGAUGAUCCGUCGCAGCAAGAAAUCGUCGGACUGAGCGCUCUUGUGUUAACCUUCUAUGCUACGAAUGUAAGUGCGACGACGGCAAACAAUGUUGGCCAGCGUAUCGUCAGCUCGGGAUGUCUACGAGCGCUCGUGAACAUCUUUGCCAACGUGUACGACUUAUCCUUCGCCGAGGCCGUGCGACGGUCUCUAUUGCUAUUGACGAUUGCGUGCGAAGACGUGUACCAGUUCGUAUCGCGUGUGACCAGUCUUCGCGACAUUUUAGCAGACAGCGCGUUCGCAGAAGAUGCCACAUUAGCGGGACACGGCGCCUUGUGGAACUUUGCGCUCCGUGAAAAUGACUCGGAGAGCCAUGUGGCGAGUGUGAUUCAACGCUUCGCCGACGAACUCGAAAAUGACACUGCCGUCAUCGCGCUGCGAGACAUCCUGUUAUUGACGCACGCGUGUGAGCGUGCAGCGCGUUUCGGUCGGAGACGGCUUCUUGUGAAAGGUGGCGAAGUAAUGGAAGCGCUCAAGCGUGCGAACUCGAACAUCAUCGACAUAAUAACGUCUUUUGCCCGAGUGCGAGAUGAGCACUUGCGCAUCACGAGACCUUCUGAUGUCGACGACGACGAAAAUGUAAAGAAGAACGCGGAAAAUCCAAAGGCUCCGGACGUGGAGAAACGCCGAGAGGCAAUCGUCGAGGUAAGUAAAAUUCUUAAGACGCUUCUUUCAUCGAGCGACGGUGCGGUCGUGCGCAAAUCAGACUAG